UUGUGUGGUGCAGAAUGCAGAGCGCAUUGUGCGGCGGAGCGCAGUGUACUCGGUUUGACGAAGAACGUAGUUAUUGUAGAGGGUUCAAACUUCUGUCUUGAUUAUUUGUAUACAUCAAUUGUAGCCAUUACAACAUGUUUAUCUUUGGAUAUGGUUCAUUAAUGUGGAAAGCAGACUUUCCCUACGUGCAAAAAAUUCCGGGCUUUGUUACAGGCUAUGUAAGAAGGUUUUGGCAGGCAAGUGAGGAUCACAGAGGCGUUCCCGGCAAGCCUGGUCGUGUGGUCACUUUGAUCUCGACGCAGAACCCAAAAGAUGUGAUCUGGGGUGUGACAUACGAGAUAGACAAAGAGGACGAAGAAAAUGUUAUCUCGCAUCUGGAUUUUCGUGAGAAGGAUGGCUAUACCAAAAACACAGCACUAUUUUAUCCUGUAGCAAUUGAGACAUCACAAGAAAUAACCAAACUUGAUCCAUUUGAAGUAGUGCUGUACAUAGCCACAGAAGAUAAUAAAUUUUUCAUGAGAAAUGAAACUUUUGAGGAAACAGCUGCAUGCAUUGCAAGUGCUCAUGGACCGAGUGGCAGUAAUGCAGAAUAUUUGUUCAACCUCGCAGCAGAAAUGAGACGCAUUGCACCUCAUUACGAUGAUACCCAUCUCUUUGCUUUAGAAAAUGCUGUACGAAAAAUACAAAGCAACAAAGAGUCUACUGCCAAAGCAUGAGCAGAAACUGAAGUUAAGAUACUCUGGGCUUCUAUACAACUUUGAUGUAUGCCCUGGUUUGACUUUCUACAGUUCCUCUAUGCCACCUUCCUCCUCCCUCCUGACCUUCCCCCUCCCUCCUGACCUUCACCUCCCCCCCCCCCCCCCCUCCCCAGAAUAUUUCUUUACUUUUAUCAUCCAUUGGAGUAAGGUAAAAUCAUAAAGAUCAUCUACAGCUCCUUUUACAUGAUCAACUUUCAUUUGUCAAUUGACUUCUCAAGACAAGUUUGCCUACUGCAGCGACCCUGGUGUUUUAUUCCUUUACAGAAUCUCAUCAGUUUCAAGUGCUCAUUUUCAUUUACACGUCAGCGAAAAAAUUUCAAGUGAUGAGAGAGCUGUCUGGUGUGCAGUUUGGCAUCUGAUCUGUGAAAAUGAGGUUGUGAGGAACUAUCCUUGUAUGAAAAAUAUGGUACGUAAUGUAGGAACAAGAAAGGAUAAUGCUUUUGUACGUCCAUACUUUUAGCAGGACGUCUCUGGGACGACGGCCGCUUACUAUCGUGACAAAAAAUAAAAACACCUACAGCCGUCCUUAUGAUUUUAUUUUAUUUUGUCGCUACCAGUUUCGACACUUCAUUGCAUCAUCUUCAGGCUGUUUUGAUGCGGUACAACCUGUAGCGACAAAAUAAAAUAAAAUCAUAAGAACGGCUGUAGGUGUUUCUAUUUUUUGUCAAGAAUGGAUAAUAGUUUAUUCAUGCCAAAACGAUUCAUAGUGGUCAUUCUAGUCAAAGGUCGCAUGGUAAAUUCUUCACACUUCUGAGAACUGAAAGAACAUGAAAAGUGUCAUCCAAACUUUUCGAACAUAUAAAAUUAUUUGUUUGAUCAUAUAUACACUUGCGAAUAUGUGAAAAAAAUCUAGAAUGCAGUAAAUAGCACCUUUUUGCUUCAUGCUGUGUGUCUUGUUUUCCUUGCUAAGUGCCAAAAUCAUUGAAAAUUACUUUUCUCGACAAAUAAUUACUUCUUUUUCGUAGUUCAAAUAAUUUUCAUUAAAACACAUGUAUCUGUUUCCAUUCUUAUUUCUGCAUAGUGUAGUAGAACAUAAGUGCCUUUGUCAUUUCAGUAUUUUUUAUAUCUUCUAAGACAACAUUAGUAGGGAAUAAUAUCAGGACCUUGUGCAACUUUCAGUUUGUUAAGAAAUCAUCAAAUCUAUUUCUAUAAAACGAGAGAGCUCAACCAGACUAGGGCAAUUUUCUAAUUUAUGAGAC